AUGUACAUGCAGCAGCAGCAGCCUCAUCUCUCCACACAGGACUUCAACAUGGCUGCCGACAUUGACACAAGAAACCCAGACGUGUAUCACCACAGGGGGCAGCUGAAGAUCCUGCUGGACCAGGUGGACGAGGCGGUUGGAGACUUCGAUGAGUGCAUUCUCCUCAGACCUGACUCUGCUCUGGCUCAAGCACAGAAAUGUUUUGCUCUCUACAGACAAGCUUAUACUGGAAAUAACCCGUCACAAGUUCAGAUCGCCAUGGACGGCUUUGAGGACGUCAUCAAAAGAUUUCCAAAGUGUGCAGAAGGAUAUGCCCUCUACGCUCAGGCUCUGACUGAUCAGCAGCAGUUUGGGAAAGCAGAUGAGAUGUACGACAAAUGCAUCGAGCUGGAACCUGACAAUGCCACCACAUAUGUCCACAAAGGUUUAUUACAGCUUCAAUGGAAACAAGACCUGGAUUUAGGCCUGGACCUUAUCAGCAAGGCCAUUGAAAUUGACAACAAAUGCGACUUUGCCUACGAAACUAUGGGAACUAUAGAAGUGCAGAGGGGGAAUCUGGACAAGGCCAUAGACAUGUUCAACAAGGCCAUUAACCUCGCCAAAUCAGAGAUGGAAAUGGCUCAUCUGUAUUCAUUAUGUGACGCGGCCUACGCUCAGACAGAAGUGGCCCGGAAGUACGGUCUGAAACCUCCCACUUUGUAA